UCAAUAAGUUGCUUGCUGAUGAGUCAAAAUGGCUGACUACGAAGCACUUGACUUCCUUGAGCAGAGAGUCUCAAGUCUUGAAGCUUUAGUAUUUGGACAGUCGGAAAAAGAUGCUGAUUAUCCAAAGAAUUCAAAGCAGAAACAACAGAUUAUUGACAGUCUUUUGGAAGUUCAAGCAAAAAUUAACACAUCCCUGGCUGGAAAGAAGAAAGCUGCACAACUGUAUGAAAAAUUGCCUGAUUUGAAGAAAUACCUGGAUCAUCGAUACACAGAUGAAAUGAUGUUAUCUGAUGAUGCAAGGGAAGAGACUAUCCUUUCAGAAUCUGAAUUUUUAGAGAAGCAAGCUGCUCUUUACCAGAAACUCUCAGAAAAACAGCAACAUGUGAACAGUGAACACGUUCAAGGAAUAUUUUCUCAAGCAGCCGUGCCAAAGUAUACAGAAAAUCUGCAGACGUUGAGCCAAGUUCAAAUCGACCAGCAGGAUGCAUUGGCCACUAUGUCUGAAGAGACGAGAAGGUUGCUGAAUGCCUACAACAAUAUUGUUUCUCUUCUGUCCAAGCAGUUUAUUCUCUGGGAUGAGCAUGUCACACAGUUGGAGUUACAAGCUCAGAAGAAAUAAAAUGUUCUUUAAAAAUGUAUCCAUUAGUUCUUCUAUAUAUAUAUUUUUUGAACUGUGGUCCUUCUUGGACUUGAGGCCAUGCCUUGUGAUACUGCCUCCCUAAGUCACAUUAUUUUCUUCCAGCUUUCUGUUAUCCUGUGACACAUUUAAGGUUCAAAAUGGGUUUUUUGUUGCUCUGCCAAGGGGGAGGGUUGUUAGAUUAUCCCUAUUAUUUCAUUCUUGAGAUUAUUGUCUUAAAAAUAGUGUUGCUGUUUCCAGCAUUGUGAAUGUUAAGUAGGCAGUACAAACUGAGGGUUCUUAAUAUUCCCUUUCUCAGUACUAUUUCUAUGACCAAAUAACAUGCAGAUAGAUGUCAUUGUGUCUGAGGACUGCCUUCAUAUUGUUUUGAUAGCUUGUGUGCAAAAAAUGUAAGUGUUGAUCACCUUGCUUCAUUCAUUGGUGUGGAUACUUUGAAUGAGAUUUGCUCCUUUGAUUAUAUAUAUCUAACACAAUAGCCAAAGGGAAAUAGUGGAACGUGACCUAAGAGGCAAGAAGUAGUGAUUAGUAAACUAACAUAUUGAAAAGGAGAUGUUACACAAGACUGAGUUAAUGGGAAAUUCGAAGAAGGUAGGCUACACUGAAUGGGACUGGGACAGAGACUGGAAAAAAGAGUCGCUAAGAAUAAAGGAGAGAAAAUAGACAUUGUGACUGAAGGAGGGCAAGAGAGAAAGAGUAAGCACAAGCUGCAGUGUGGGAAAGAAAAUGUGAUAAGGCAUGGUGUGAGACAAUUGAAUUUCAAGAUGCUGUUUUGUUCAGGUUGUGUAAAGUACCUUGCUGCAGGAAACUGUCGUUCAUAUGGGAUGGUCUUCAUUUAUGUGACAAUGAUUUAAAUUUUAGUAGAGCAUAAACAUUGCUUUUUACAAUGUUAACUUUAUAUAAAUUAGUCCUGGUCCAAGAGAGACCGGACACUGCCUGAUAUACGGCCACAAUUAUGUUCUUUGAACAAAAUGCUGGUUUCUGGAGUUUUUCUGCAAUAUGACGAACAACAGUGCUGUUUGUUUCUUGAACGUUUAGGCAGUUUUCAGCUUUCAAGGCGACAGCUCUUUAUUUUAUUUUCUUUGAAAUGUUGACGAAAUAUGAAAUUUUGCCAAAACUUAUUGAGGCUGCCAGUCUUUGUUUUUUAUUAUGCCACCAGCUACUUUAGUUAGUUUGGGCAGUUGGGCCUACUAUGUUAUGUGUACAGCCUCCAUCUCUCAAGGAUCCAGUAAUUUUUGGGAUGCCCUGUACCCCUUCGGUCUUUAGUUCAAAUUUAUGUAUCUUUGGCUUUACGAAAGUAAGUUAUUUACACAUUUUGACAUCUUAGUAUAGUUUUCCCAUUUUCACUUCCUACCCCGCCUCCUCAAAUAAUAUUGUUAUUAUCUUUUAUGCUGUGUAAAAACAUUACAAAAUGUUUUUCAAUGUAAAAUUAUCUGCUUGUCAUCACCAUUUUUCUUUAGUGCAAUACUGUGAGGACCACUGCAAUGGUGUUGGUUGCUUUCUGUGUAAGAUUGAUUUGAAUGUUUGCUGCUAAAGUUGUUCAUAAUAAAUGUUUCCCUGAACUGUGA